CAGAGACUUGACCAGAAUAUCAAAAAUCCCUUAAGAUAUAAACAGUAUAAAUGGACCAGUGGAGCAUUUUUCUGCUUAUGCUUCUUACUUUUCAUAUGAAGAUGGACCUGGCACAGGAGAUACAACUGAGUGACAAUCCUGAAAUGUUUGAUGACCAAUAUAAAGGAUGCAGACUGAAGAUGGAUAAGAUCAUCCCAAGCAUACUAAAGUCUGAAAAUGCAUCCAAUGUAGAAUUUAGAAAUGAUUGGCUUCAGGCUGCAGAAUAUUGGGAAACAAUCAAAUUGGACAUAAAAAAGCUCCCAAAAGGUUUUCGAAAUGAGCAUGGGAUAGCACUGGUUGCCUAUACAAGUAACAUGUAUAAGGCUUUCAAUAAAGCAACAAGAGAUGUGGGCAAAUUGAUACAAAAUUACAAGAAGAAUUUCAAUUUUAAAGCAAUGCACUACUACUUGACUACGGCUAUGCGGUUGUUAUCCAACAAAGUCAAUAAGCUGGUAUAUAGAGGCGUGAGGAAUAUUCAGUUUAUACCUUCUAACAAUUCAAAGGGUGGUAUCCGGUUUGGUCAGUUUAUCUCUACCUCUGCAGAUAAAGCAACAGCUACAUAUUUUGGCAACUCAUCAUUCUUCACAAUAAAAACACGUUUAGGGGUGGACAUACAGAGAUUUUCUCUGUAUCCUUCCGAGAAAGAGGUACUGAUCCCUGGAUAUGAGAUUUUCAAAUUGUUAUCAUUUAAUAAAGAAACUCACAGCUUCCGCUUGAUCAGUAAAGGACUUUCUAAAAGUCGCUUCAACUGCGCCUAUUUUAAAAGCAUUUAAUGGGUGGACCAUUCUUCAAACUCAUCUUGCUCGCAUCGCUAAUGAAGUAGUCGGGCUCUGCUCAGAACAAAUUGACGAGGAAUAAAGCAUAAG